AUGGGCAGAGACAUUAUCACUUUAGAUGACUUGACAGUCAACAACUUGGGAACUUUUAAGAAGCUCAUACUGGUUACAUUGCCAACAACUUACCCAGAGUCAUGGUAUAAGGACUCGUUGAAUAGUGAUCAAAUUGUAAAGAUUGCAUUCUACAGCGAAUUGCCAGUGGGCGAGAUAAAAGGCAAGCUUAUCAACUCGUCUCAUAACAUUCCUACAUUUGAAGUUGCCAGUGCUGUCCAGUUAAAUUCGAAAAUCAUUCCAAACGCUGUGUACUUGGAAUCUCUUUCUGUUUUGGAGGCAUAUCGGGCAUUGGGAAUCGGAUCGAAACUUUUGAACUGGGCAAUUGAGGAAGCCAAACAGAGAUUUGUUCACGAAAUUGUUUUGCAUGUCCACGUGGACAACACUGCUGCCAUCGAAUGGUACAAGAAGAAGGGAUUUUCUCAAGUCGGAGAGAAAGUAGUCAACUACUACAAGGAGCAGGGCUUAGAGAACCCAGAUGCCGUUAUACUAUCAUUGAAAUUUUAG